AUGCCUGCCGUCACAGCCCCUGCCAAAGCCCUCGUCACUGGUGCGAACGGAUACAUUGCAGUCUGGGUCGUGCGCAAACUUCUUGAGGACGGAUACACGGUUGUUGGCACUGUGCGCUCUGCGGCCAAGGGCGAGCAUCUGACGAAGUUGUUCGCGGAGUACGGCGACAAGUUUGAGGUGGCAGUUGUGUCGGAUAUCACGGCUGAUGGCGCAUUCGAUGAGGUUGUGAAGGGCGUUGAGCUCGUCGAGCAUACAGCAAGCCCGUUCCAUCUGAACGCGAAGACCGCAGCUGAGCUUAUUGAUCCCGCUGUGCGUGGGACUACCGGUAUCCUCAACUCGAUCAAGAAGAACGGAUCGACCGUCCGUCGUGUAGUCGUGACCUCCUCUGUAGCGGCUGUUCUCAACCCUCCGAUCACGGAGCGGACCAUUGUGGAUGAGACCCACUGGAACAUCAACUCGCCGAAGGAGGUCGAGGAGAAGGGUGAUAACGCGAGCCCGCUCGGCAUCUACCGCGCAAGCAAGACGCUGGCCGAGCGCGCGGCAUGGAAGUUCGUGGAGGACAACAAGCCGGAGUGGGACUUGGUGACGAUCAACCCUCCGCUCGUUUUCGGUCCGCCGAUCCACGAAGUUCACUCACUCGACCAACUCAACACUUCCCAGCUCGGGCUGUACUACACUCUGAUCAAGGGCGCGCGCAACGACGAGCAGCUUGCGAAUGAGGGUGGCGCCUGGGUUGACGUACGCGAUGUCGCAAAGGCGCACGUGCUUGCGGCCAAGACUCCCGCGGCCUGUGGCGAGCGUUUCUUAAUUGUCGGCGGGCACUACUAUUGGCAGGAUAUUGUUGACAUAGCAAAGGACAUUGACCCGAGUCUGCCGGUCAAGGGUGUACCGGGAGCUACGAAGGGCAAGCAGCAUCUGUCCGAGUAUGAUGCUGCAAAAGCGACGCGUGUGCUCGGGAUCACCUACUACACCCUGACGGACGUGGUCAAGGACUCUCUUGAGUACUUCAAGAACUUCCCCCAGUAG